AUUCCCCCACAAGGAAACUCUCUGAAAUGUGAAAUCGUUUGAUUCCAUUUCAAAUUCAGCACACCCAAUUUUUUUCAAAGUACGGAGAUUUUGACGACCGCACCGCACGCACGCUUUUCUAACAGAUAAGCGUUCCACUCCAUCAUUCCCUGUCAAUCUCCUCUUCCUUCACAAGCAAGCCCCCACAAUCCCCAUUUCCCACCUCUACAUAUAUAUAUAUGAAUUUGAUAGAUAGCCCUAGAUAGAUAGAUAGAGAGAGAGAGAGAAUGAUACAGCAUCACCAUCACCAGAACCAGAGGCAUCACCAGAAGACACUACCAAAGAGGAUAAUCCUGGUUCGUCACGGAGAGAGCCAUGGAAACCGAGAUGGGUCUGCGUACACAACCACACCGGACAACAAGAUCCCUGUGACCCAGGCAGGGAUCGACCAGGCGAAGUCUGCUGGGGCCGAGAUCCGGCGCGUGAUAUCGGAAGACGGGCGCCUCCACAACUGGAAAGUGUACUUCUACGUCUCCCCUUACGAGCGAACCCGCACCACCCUCCGCGAGAUCGGCCGCUCAUUUCCCAGGAAGAGAAUAAUCGGAGUGAGAGAGGAAUGCAGGAUCAGAGAACAGGAUUUUGGGAAUUUUCAGGAAGAGAAGAGGAUGAAGAUGAUUAAAGAGACUAGAGAGAGGUUUGGCAGGUUCUUUUAUAGGUUUCCUGAAGGAGAGUCUGCUGCUGAUGUCUAUGAUCGUGUUUCCAGUAAGAUCUCUCUCUCUCUCUCUCUCUCGAUUUCUUUUUUUUUUUUUUUUUUUAAUUGUUGGUGGUGGUGUUGUUCAUCAAUUUUUAAUUGUUUUUGUUUGUUUGCUGAUUAUUGUUGUUAAUAUAGCUUACUGUACUUUGCCAAAACUAGAAGAUUGAAACUUUAUAGGGUAGAGUUGAGUGAAAUCUUUGGUGUUAAAGUCAAAUAAAAUUGAUAAAGAAUUCAAAUUUUCUCAAGUAAAAGGCCUUUUUGUUCCCUGAAAUGUGAUUUUUUCAAGAUUUUGUUUAAUUGUUUUCCGGUUUCUAUUUUGAAAGAUGCUGCAUUUUUUGUUGUUUUAGUUUUGAGAAAAUGAAAAUGUUGCUCUGUUUAGGCUUGUAAAGUCGUUUUGUUUAGGUGAAGUUCACUGUUUUUGUGAAGAAAUAUGAUGUCAAGUUAGCUGUUUUUGAAAACUUUUCUCCUACUUAUUCUGGUUCUUGUUCAUUCGUAGAAGUGAAAUUUCUUGGGUUUUUGUCAUUAGAAGUCACAGUAAGUACUUAUAAAUUGCUACUAGAUGCAAGUUGUAUAUCUUCAUUAUAGAAAGGAGAUUGAACCGUUAUGGAGAUUGUUUCACAACUCAAAAUGAGACAACCAACUUAUGGAUGAGUAAUGGAGGGAAUGAGAGUUUUUAAAGCACAAAAACAAAUAUGAUUACUUGGUGAAUUAUACCGCAAUGU